GUGGCACCCACCGGGCGGCCCCCGGGGUGGGGAGGGGGCUGCCCGGCCGCUCCGCCCGCGCCGGCGGCGGCGGAUGGGCGCUGGGGGCGGGCCCCCCACUUCGGGCGGGAGCGGUUUCGUUUCCCCGGCGCUCCCUCUGCUCGGCUCCCGGCUCGUCCCGACCAUGAAGCCCCUGCAGGGGGAAGUGUCCAUCCCGCUGCAGCCCCCCGAGCGGGGGGCGACCCCCGCCGCCGGCCCCGCCGAGCAGCCCCGGGACUACGUGGUCUGGUCCCUCUUCAACGUCCUGCUGGGCUACGGGCUCACCUACCUGGGCUGCCUCUGCUUCCCCGCGCUCGUCUACUCCAUCAAGGCCCGUGACUGCAAGGUGCUGGGGGACCUGGAGGGUGCCCGGCUGCACGGUGCCCGUGCCAAGCUGUGGAACGUCGUCUGCUCCCUCCUGAUGGUCCUCAUUGUGGUGAUCAUCAUCAUCAUGAUCGCUGUCAUUUGACGGUGUAGCCACUGACCUGCUUGCUGCCGCCCGUGGGGUGCUGCUUCUCCUCCUCCUCCCAAAAUGUCUGCUGUGUCCCCACUUCGGGCGUGCGGUGCAGGGGGAAGGAGAGCGAUGCCCUGGCGCCUCGCUGCCUGCGCGCCCGGGUGUCUCUGCACAGCCACCGCGUGGAAGGGGUGGGUGAGCCAGGCUGGCACACAGGGGACAGCCCCCCCUUUCUUCUUCGCUUGUGUGCCUUGGCAGGGGGCUGCUGGGCUUCCCGGUGUUUAGCCGAGCUGUGAUCCAUGUAUAGGUCACCGCUGCCGCGA